UAAAAACCAACUAGUCACUUGUUUGAAACACAAUUUGGAAAAUUAAGGUUAAUGAUAUAUUCUCAUAAAAUGCACAGAAGUUGAAAAAAUCACAUUUGGUGAACAAGCCAAUCAUUCUGUGAACAAGUCAAGCUAGGGGAAAAAUGGAUGGUGGUGCAUCCCAAGAGAGACUGCUUGGAGGAGAAGCAGAAGAUAGCAGCAACAUGAGAGAGGGGAUUUGUACAGAAUCAAAGAAGAUAUGGAGAAUUGCAGUCCCUGCAAUAUUAUCAAGAGUGGCUUUAUUGGGAACUUGGAUGGUUACACAAGCAUUUAUUGGACAUAUUGGUGAGGUUGAGUUUGCAGCUUAUGCAAUGGUACAAGCAAUUCUACUGCGAUUUGCUAUUGGCAUAACGCUAGGCAUGUCAAGUGCGACCGAAACGCUAUGUGGACAAGCAUUUGGUGCAAAGCAAUACCAUAUGAUGGGUAUCUACCUGCAAAGAUCAUGGAUUAUUAAUACUGUUACUACAACAAUCUUAUUACCUCUCUUCUUCUUUGCGACACCGAUUCUUCGAUUACUCGGUGAGGAUGAAGACAUUGCAAGUCAAGCAAACACGCUCGCUUUGUGGUGCAUUCCUCAGCUCUACUCUCUCAUUUUCAGUGCAACUAUCCAAAUGUACUUACAAGCACAGCUCAAGAACUUCAUUAUCAUUUUGAUAACUCUUACAGCAUUUUUGCUUCAAAUAUUACUGUCAUGGCUUUUCGUUGAUGUGUUUGACUACGGGGUUUCGGGUGCAAUGGGUGCAUUGGGCUUGUCCAAUUUGGUAUUGGUGUUGGGGGAAUUUGUGUACGUAUUCGGAGGUUGGUGUCCUGAGACAUGGAGGGGAUUCACUAAAGCUGCAUUUUAUGAUAUUUUCCCUGUCUUAAAGUUAUCGGUAUCUUCUGGUCUGAUGAUUUGCUUGGAAUUAUGGUACAGCUCUGUCCUUGUCUUGUUGGCAGGAUACAUGAAAAAUGCAACGAUAGCAAUAUCAACUUUCUCUAUCUGCCUUAAUGUCAUCACGUGUGAAUUGAUGAUCGGCCUCGGCUUCCUAGUUGCAGCAAGUGUACGUGUUUCGAAUGAACUUGGGGCAGGAAAUACUAAAGCUGCAAAAUUUGCAGUUAAGGUCAUCUUAAGUAUAUCAAUAUGCGUCGGAGUAUUCUUUUCGGUACUAUGUUUUCUCUUCAGCUCUCAGAUCUCAUACUUAUUCUCAUCGAGUGAAGCAAUCGCGAAAUCAGUGUCAAGCCUAAGAACCCUACUUGCUAUCUCGGUCUUUCUUAACGGAGCUCAACCUGUCCUUUCAGGAGUAGCAGUUGGUGCUGGAUGGCAAAGUGUGGUUGCAUUUAUCAAUAUCGGUAGCUAUUAUGUGAUUGGAAUUCCAGCAGGAGCUUUGCUUGGUUAUGUGGCUCAUAUGCAGGUUAUGGGAAUUUGGAUUGGAAUGAUAUUUGGAGUGGCAACACAAACAUUUGUGCUUUUCUACAUGACAUGGAAAACAGAUUGGGAAGAACAGGUGAUCAACACAUCGGAACGUCUUAACCGGUGGCUACUAAAACCAUCGGAAGAGGCUAUUCACAGACAGAGUCAUACUUCAGAGGCAUGAACAAAGUCAAGAAAAAAAUCGAAGAAUUGAUUCUGUAGAAUUAGAGUAGCUUGAAUCGGAUCUUCAAGAAUAAGAUGAUAUGGGAGUUGGGGCAUUCGGUUUCCUACGCACAAAGGAUACUAUGAAUUAUCACACUAGUUAUAUUCCCAAAACCAUCCAUAUGAGACUGACAAGCUGCUUGACUGCCACUUUUGGCAUGAAAAGACAUCAACUUACGCAAUACACCAAUAUUUGCAUAAUUUGGUUCUCUAUGUAACAUAUAUCGCAGCUAAAUUCAGUUGAAUAAGUUUAAGCAUUCAAACUUCUACAUA